UACGAGCGUGCGCUCUCCUUCGGGCAAAGCUAUCGACCCGUCACAAAACAUUGUUAAAGCUGGCGCAAGCGUAUUUAUGCGUGUCUCUAGUUAAGCUACGGCUAAGCAAAAGUUUAGAUGAUUAUUGCAGUAACGUAUCGGUCGUCUCUAUGAAACGAUCAUGAGCGAUCCAAAACACAUAACAGAUAACGAGAAUCUCAAUGACUAUGGUACACGAAUAAAUCGAUGGUUUCUCAUAUCACUAGGUGCUUGGCCGCAAACGAGCGCGUCGAAUAGAAUAAAAAAACUCGCGGUGUCAAUGCAAAUCUUAAUUUUUUCGACCGCGUUGGCAAUCAUUUUGAUACCAUGCCUGUUGUACAUGGGAUUCGAGAAAAAAGACGUUAAGACUAAAUUAAACGACCUCAUUCCGCUGAUUAACAGAAUAUUGGGAACAGUAAAUUACUGGAUAUUAAUUACGCGUAACAAAGACAUUGAACGUUGCAUACGGCAUAUGGAGACGGAUUGGAAACUCGUUCGAAUCGAUAAUCGCAAAGUGAUGCUGCAAUAUGCUAAGUCCGGCCGCUUCAUGACCGUUUUGUGCGCGACGUUUCUACAUGGUAGUACGUUCAUCUUUAACGUAGUCAAGGCGAUGGAAACAAGAACCGUUAUCAUCGACAACAAAACUAUUACGAUACAUCCGAUGACAUGUCCAAUGUACAGCAGGAUACUUGAUCAACUGUUUGCAGUCUCAUUGCCGUCUUCGCGAUGCAUGCUUGCGGUCAACUGAAUGUAAUGCAUACGUGGUUAAAUGAACUCACCGAAAAGAAGAAUAAUCAUUUAGCAGACCAAAGACUUGCGGCCGUCGUGAAGCAUCAUUGGAGAGUCAUCAGGUAUUUUACUUAAAUUGUUAGAUAUAGAGUUUUGAUUGCACACCACACCCACUUUGUGUGAGUUUCUUUUUAUUGAGUAUUAAAGAUAAAUAAACAUUCCCGUUACAUUGAUUUGCAUAAACUAAUAUUGUUCGCUAAACUUAAAAUAUUGUCAUAUAUUAUAAACUUAAGUAGGGAAAAGUGGGGCACGUUGAGACACCUAAAAUUCAACUCGCUGUAUUUCUUUAAAUAUCAGUGCUAAAAUUUUUUUUAAAGUGAUUUUCAACACAGAUUUAC